CUCGGGGCGCAGGGGUGGCGCCGGUAAUUAUGGCAACACUCAAAAUAAAUGAAAUGCUCACGUCCCCCCUCCAUAUCUCCGCCUGUAUUGUCCUCAGGUCGCUGGGGAAGCCACCAGAAGUAGGGUUGGAUGCUGAAAUGAUGUGACCUGGUCGGUUACGCAAAUAUUAGAACUGAAAGCUCUUUCAGAUCCAUUUCGCCAUCCACCUUCCUCCAUCCACCUCGGAAAAGAAAAAUAAAGUACCAGGAGGAAGCCUCUGGAGGAGAAAAUGACAAAUGGUACUUAACCCCAGGUCUACAGUGCGCUGCGGCGGGGCGCAAAGACGCCAGCUCCCAGGAUGGCGAGCCUCUGGUGUUCCUUGGGUUAAACGAAAAUUGAUCUGAUUUGUUAACACCCAAAGAGGAGAAGAGGAGAUCGGGGGAGGGAGGACAGGAUUUGUGUUUGUGCGUGUGCGCGUGUGUCCGGGGAGAAGGAGGAGGUGCCAAGGUGCAGCCUGCGCGCGGCUCUGCGCCUCGGCGGGCUGCGUGCGUGUGUCCCUGUCCGCGCUGCUGAAACGGGCUCUUCGAGGGAUCAGCGUCACAUGACUCCGCCUGCCCCUCGCCAGAGCGCAGCUCGCCAGUCCCUCCGUUUGCCCGGCGCCUGGGGAGGGUCGGGAGGCAUCUCCAGGGCCCGGAGGCUCUGCGGAGUUGAGAAAAGGUUCUGGAGGGGAAUGGUACAUCUGGAUUCCAGCAGCCGCGGCUCGGCGCCAGAUCCUGGACUGUAGAGAUUUGGUGUGGGGGGAGGGGAGAGCGCGAAGGAGCGAGCGCCAGAGAGAGGCAGCGCGCAGCGCGCACGGACCGCGGCUGCCGGGUUCCGCGCGGAGAAGAUGUAAGCGCGUGGAGUCGAGCUGGCCUCCGAGCACCAUGCAGAAGGGGAUCCGGCUGAACGAUGGCCACGUCGCGUCCCUGGGGCUGCUGGCGCGCAAGGACGGAACGCGCAAAGGCUACCUGAGCAAGAGGAGUUCGGACAACACAAAAUGGCAAACCAAGUGGUUCGCGCUGCUGCAGAACCUGCUCUUCUACUUCGAGAGCGACUCGAGCUCGCGGCCCUCGGGGCUCUACCUGCUGGAGGGCUGCGUCUGCGACCGCGCGCCCUCCCCCAAGCCUACGCUCUCGGCCAAGGAGCCGCUGGAGAAACAGCACUAUUUCACGGUUAACUUCAGCCACGAGAACCAGAAAGCCUUGGAGCUGAGGACAGAGGACGCCAAGGACUGCGACGAGUGGGUGGCGGCCAUCGCUCACGCCAGCUACCGGACACUGGCCACGGAGCACGAGGCGCUGAUGCAAAAAUACCUGCACCUGCUGCAGAUCGUGGAGACCGAGAAGACGGUGGCCAAGCAGCUGCGGCAGCAGAUCGAGGACGGGGAGGUGGAGAUCGAGCGACUGAAGGCAGAGAUCGCAUCUCUGCUCAAGGACAAUGAGCGCAUCCAGUCCACCCAGACCGUCACCCCCAAUGACGAAGACAGUGACAUCAAAAAAAUCAAGAAGGUGCAGAGCUUCCUGCGGGGCUGGCUAUGCCGGCGCAAGUGGAAGACCAUCAUCCAGGACUACAUCCGGUCGCCGCACGCAGACAGCAUGCGCAAGAGGAACCAGGUAGUGUUCAGCAUGCUGGAGGCCGAGGCCGAGUACGUGCAGCAGCUGCAUAUCCUGGUGAACAACUUCCUGCGCCCACUGCGGAUGGCUGCCAGCUCCAAGAAGCCCCCCAUCACGCACGAUGACGUCAGCAGCAUCUUCCUGAACAGCGAGACCAUCAUGUUUUUGCACCAGAUCUUUUACCAAGGCCUGAAGGCCCGCAUCUCCAGCUGGCCCACGCUGGUCCUCGCCGACCUGUUCGACAUCCUGCUGCCCAUGCUCAACAUCUACCAGGAGUUCGUGCGCAACCACCAGUACAGCCUGCAGAUCCUGGCGCACUGCAAGCAGAACCGCGACUUUGACAAGCUGCUCAAGCACUACGAGGCCAAGCCCGACUGCGAGGAGAGGACGCUGGAGACCUUCCUCACCUACCCCAUGUUCCAGAUCCCCAGGUACAUCCUGACGCUGCACGAGCUCCUGGCACACACCCCUCAUGAGCACGUGGAGCGCAACAGCCUGGACUAUGCCAAGUCCAAACUGGAGGAGCUGUCCAGGAUAAUGCACGAUGAAGUCAGUGAGACCGAGAACAUCCGGAAAAACCUGGCCAUUGAACGCAUGAUCAUUGAAGGCUGUGAGAUCCUCCUGGACACCAGCCAGACCUUUGUGAGACAAGGGUCCCUCAUCCAGGUGCCCAUGUCCGAGAAGGGCAAGAUCACCAGGGGGCGCCUGGGGUCCCUUUCCCUGAAGAAGGAGGGCGAGAGGCAGUGCUUCCUGUUUUCUAAGCACCUGAUCAUCUGCACCAGAGGCUCUGGUGGAAAGCUUCACCUGACUAAGAACGGAGUCAUAUCCCUCAUUGACUGCACCUUGCUGGAGGAGCCGGAGAGCACGGAGGAAGAAGCCAAAGGGUCCGGCCAAGAUGUAGACCACUUGGAUUUCAAGAUUGGGGUGGAGCCAAAGGAUUCACCACCCUUCACGGUCAUCCUCGUGGCCUCGUCCAGACAGGAGAAGGCGGCAUGGACUAGUGACAUCAGCCAGUGUGUGGAUAACAUCCGGUGCAACGGGCUGAUGAUGAACGCCUUUGAGGAGAACUCCAAGGUCACGGUGCCACAGAUGAUCAAGUCCGACGCUUCCUUGUAUUGUGACGAUGUGGACAUUCGCUUCAGCAAAACCAUGAACUCCUGCAAAGUGCUGCAGAUCCGGUACGCCAGUGUGGAGCGCCUACUGGAGCGACUGACUGAUCUGCGCUUCCUGAGCAUCGACUUCCUCAACACCUUCCUGCACUCUUACCGCGUCUUCACCACUGCCGUUGUGGUCCUGGACAAGCUCAUCACCAUCUACAGGAAGCCCAUCAGUGCCAUCCCCGCCAGGUCACUGGAACUCUUGUUUGCCAGUGGCCAGAACAACAAGCUCCUGUACGGGGACCCACCCAAGUCCCCACGUGCCACCCGCAAGUUCUCCUCGCCGCCACCCCUGUCCAUCACCAAGACGUCAUCGCCCAGCCGCCGGCGGAAGCUGUCCCUGAACAUCCCCAUCAUCACAGGCGGCAAGGCCCUGGACCUGGCCGCGCUCAGCUGCAGCUCCAACGGCUACACCAGCAUGUACUCGGCCAUGUCGCCCUUCGGCAAAGCCACACUGGACACCAGCAAGCUCUACGUGUCCAGCAGCUUUGCCAACAAGAUCCCAGACGAGGGUGACGCUGCCACCGAGAAGUCCGAAGAGCCCUCUGCCCUCAGCAAGCAGAGCUCAGAAGUCUCCAUGAGGGAAGAGUCAGACAAUGAUCAAAACCAGAGUGACGAUGGCGACACUGAGACAUCCCCCACCAAAUCUCCAACGACACCAAAAUCGGUCAAAAGCAAAAACUCCUCAGAGUUCCCCCUCUUCUCCUACAAUAAUGGAGUGGUCAUGACCUCCUGUCGCGAGCUGGAUAGUAACCGCAGCGCCCUAUCAGCAGCCUCUGCCUUCGCGAUAGCAACUGCGGGUGCCAACGAGGGCACCCCAAACAAGGAGAAGUACCGGAGGAUGUCCUUGGCCAGUGCAGGCUUUCCCCCCGACCAGAGGAACGGAGACAAGGAAUUUGUGAUUCGUAGAGCAGCCACCAACCGCGUCCUGAAUGUGCUCCGACACUGGGUGUCCAAGCAUUCUCAGGACUUUGAGACCAAUGACGAGCUCAAAUGCAAGGUCAUCAGCUUCCUGGAGGAGGUCAUGCAUGACCCAGAGCUCCUGACCCAGGAGCGGAAGGCUGCGGCCAACAUCAUCAGGACUCUGACCCAGGAUGACCCAGGCGACAACCAGAUCACACUCGAGGAGAUCACACAGAUGGCUGAAGGCGUGAAGGCCGAGCCCUUUGAAAACCACUCAGCCCUGGAGAUUGCGGAGCAACUGACCCUACUGGAUCACCUCGUCUUCAAGAAGAUCCCUUAUGAGGAGUUCUUCGGACAAGGGUGGAUGAAACUGGAAAAGAAUGAGAGGACCCCUUAUAUCAUGAAAACCACUAAGCAUUUCAAUGAUAUCAGUAACUUGAUCGCUUCAGAAAUCGUCCGCAACGAGGACAUCAACGCAAGGGUGAGCACCAUUGAGAAGUGGGUGGCCGUGGCCGACAUAUGCCGAUGCUUACACAACUACAAUGCUGUUUUGGAGAUCACCUCGUCCAUGAACCGGAGCGCAAUCUUCCGGCUGAAAAAGACGUGGCUCAAAGUCUCUAAGCAGACUAAAGCUUUGAUUGACAAGCUCCAAAAGCUUGUGUCUUCAGAGGGCAGAUUUAAGAAUCUGAGAGAAGCUCUGAAAAAACAGAUGUUCCACCCAUCUGUGCUGUCCGGCCGUGUCUCCUCCGCCCGGGCUCUGCGAGCCCCCGUGAACUGUGCUUGUGGGGAGCUGCCCCCACAUUCACCAACCUGUCCGUCCGUCCGUCCGUCCGCCCCCAGGUGCUGCUCCAUCUGCCUCCUUCACAUGGCUUCCUCGCCCAGCGCCGCCACGGCCUCACCGCCUCCGUGGUCCCCAUUCUGUCUGCGUCCCCAUCCUGACUGUCUCCCCUCUUUCAGGUUCCCUGUGGGCUUGUGUAAGUGCCUCUCCUAGACACCUCUUCACCCAGCCAUGCAGGGCACAGGUGGCCACUGAGACCUUUAUGCAAACCAGGUUCCUGCCUUACAGAGAUGCAGACCAGGCCAGGCAGGGGAAGGACAGAUUGGGACGUGUUUAUCCCCCUUUACUCUGGAAGCACCAAGAUUUACGCAUAAAGCAGCAGUAUGUGAAGACUUGGGGGUCAUCUCACCAGGCAAGGGGCCGAGAUCAGAGGGUAUGAGGUGGUGGGUGGGCACAGUUGGUGAGUCGCCCACACAAGGAGCUCAUGAUGGGCCUCACUGUGUGGGUCCAUGGGUCCUCAGACCUGUUCUGAUGUCCCGGGUGUCCUUUUUAGUCUGUCAUCAUAAUAUUCAGCCUUGUGCAGCACCCAGGCUAGCACAUGGCCUUUUAGCUUUACCAGCCAAGACUGCACCCCCAAAUCCUACCUCCUGUCCCCAGCUACUCUCUUAAAUAUCUCCUGGGCCACCUACAAGGCUUGCUGUGUGCACCCCGUCAGUCCACUGCCCUGAUGCCCCCACAUGGACGUGAUCUCCCCCUUCUCCUUCCUCAAACCACACCCUGGUGAAACCCACAAGACUGUCCCCUCCUAUCAUCCACUGAGUGACCAGAAGCUGCCCACAACUCCACUCGACAACAUUUUGCUGUAAAAUUUGGUCACAAGCUCUUGAGGGGCCAGUUCCAGCUUUGCCCAUCUGUGUAAUCUUAACCCAGCAGAUGCUUGCUCAUUGGCACGUCUAUCUUUAGUUUGAAUAGGAUGCCCAUGGAGGGCACACAGGAGCCAGGCUCUCGCUGCUCCUGUCACAGCCCUUCCCCCCUAUUCCCCUAAGUGGAGGAUGGGGACAGCUGUAGGGGAGCAAGUCUGCUGGCCAAGCAGCAGGCCACCCCAUACGACCUCCUGAUGGUGUGGACAUCCAUCUAUGUACGUGGAUGUGAUGGAUCCACAGUCCUGGAGUUUCAGGGGCUCCAACAGGAGCAAAUAUCUGUUUGCAUCUUUAUUUUCAGCCUGUGGCCACAGAACGAAGCCUAGUCUCUUGCUCAUGAAACUGCAGAGCAGGUAGAAUCCAGGUGGCAAAAAGGAUUCUGAGCCCCACCCCACUCCCAAUCCAUUACCAAAAAAAAAUUUCCACAAAAUCUGAGGACCUGAUUUCCCUGCACCACAUACCAUCACUGUUGGUCCUGACCCCAGGGAUUCUAGUCCAGCCCCUGGUAGCCCUCAUCCUCUCCCUGAGAAAGAGAGGAGAUCCCAGACCAGAAGCUUGUAAGAGAGGGCAGUCCAGCUCACACCCAGGGGUGGGGGUUGGGGGGGAGGAGCAGAGGGUGACCCCUGCUUGUCACCUCCCCUUUCCUGGGGUUCAGUGGAGAACCCCAUCAGGCAGCUGCAUCUUGCUUUCAGUCACUGAUGCCAGCUCAUUUCUUUCAUCCCCUUUGACAUCAUCAGGAAUUUCUUGGCAGAAACAUCAGGCUUGGGGGCCCCAAAUGAUCACAGAUAAGAUCCAGGUGCCAGGAGUCACCAGGUGUUGGCAAGCAUGUCUAGGUGGUGCCUGGGAAACCAGAAGCAGCUUUUAGACUGGGGGGGUGGGCACUUUCUUUCUGCUCCCUAGAACGUCAGGUACAGGCAUGUGAGGGCUCUGCCUCCGUCCAUAACAGCCUUGUUGGCCAGGCCCUGAUGCAAGGCAAGGCUGGACCCCACCCAACAGGUCAGAUGGCCACGUGGAGAGUUCAGAGCUAGCCGCACAUUGGGUAUUUUGUCCACACAAAGCCCCCACUGUGCUUCCCUGUACACUCAGAUGCUCAGCACGGUCUGUGUCCACACAGUACUGCCCUUUGGGGGCCCUCUCCAGCCUUCUCUGCCCCCACUGUCCCUUACUCUAGCCACUCUGACAACACCAUAUAUUUCCCACAUGGCUCUGGACUCUGGGGUGUGUGUGUGUACAUGACUGAAUGAAGUGUGCUGUUCCCUAAAGCCCCUCACUAUGUAGGUGAUGAACAAGAAUAGAGUCCGGGACUGGUGGUGCCACAUGCAAGUGACUAAAUUGCCCACCCAUCAUCUUUCCACACCUGGGUCAUAACCCCCAGUAAAUCAUUCAGGGAAGUCACCGAGUGGCCUGAGGACCUCAGCUAUUCUUUCACUGGUCUGGGUGGUCAGGACCCCGUGAGGCAUUCAGAAACAUCCUGCUUCCUUCAGUCAUUCACAGUCAGCGAGCAGUCACUCAGCCUUCCCUCUGCCUCUGUCCGAGAUAAGAGGUCCUCCAAGCUCUCCAGGCUGUCUGGUGCCCACCAAGGGCAGGAGGAGUGGGGCACCCCCAGAAGCCACCAACCAGCCCUCCAGCCCCAGAGUGGCUUCUAAGACCUUUGAACUCUUUUCUCCAUCAGAUCCACCAGCCUGUGCUUCAGAUUUGGAGGUUGAUGGAAAACCAGGCAUGUAUUGGGUUGGCCAAAAAGAUGAUUCUGGUUUUUCCAUAAGAUGUUAAAAACCAGAACGAACUUUUUGGCCCACUCGAUAACAAUCAUGAACUAUUAAUGGCCGGAAGGACUCAGAGAGGUCUGCCAGUGACAGCCUGAGUCUUACUUCUUUUUUUUUUUUUUUCCACAACCUGCAGUAAAGAAAAAAAUAAAAUUAUAUUUGACAGUGUUACCCUGUAUACAAACACAUAUAUGCCUAAAAGGGACAAAAAUGUCUCAAAGCAAUUUUAGACCAUGCAAUGAACUCAGAUAUUUCCCUAUUCUCUCUUUUUUAAAACUUUUUUAAAAAUCUGAUCAACAUUCACCAAAUUGAUUUUAUCACCCAUGAAGGAGUCAAGACUGACAGUUCAAAUAAUAUUUCUCCUCUCCACUAUUUCUCAAACUCCAAAAAUCCACCUCCUUUAAGACUUUGUCAUACCCACGUGUCAGCUGUAUUUGCAUGUACUUAAUAGUCUCCUUUAAAUUAACUAUUUCCCAGAAAUAAAUAUUAAAAUUUAUUUUAUUUAUUUAAAGAAGAAAAACCAUCAUGAUAGCACAUGGGAAACCAGCAUAUUUGCCAUAAAUAUAUAUAGUUACCAUAAAAAAUAAAUACAGUGAAAACAAAACAAUGUUAUUAAAUUCUUAUCAGAUCCUGA